UACAUUUUUCUUUUCGGCAUUUUUACGCAUUUAUAAAACGCAUACUAUUGCAAUCAUUGCAUAAAUGACCGAAAGUGUGACAUCUGAAGUGUAUACAUAUGCGGCAUAAAGCGUAAAUAAACAAUUUUAUUCGUUUGUCACGUCAAAAUAAAUCUCAUCCCGUGCAUAAAUUUGAGUGCUAUAUUUUUGCUAAAAAUAGUGCCCAAUUUGCAUCAUUUUCUGCUUCCUGAAGGUGUAGAUACCAAAAAUGAUCUUAAAAGCAGCGGAUUGAUUGCAGGUUUUGUUCCGAUUCCCAGAGUUCUGCGUAGAAGAAAGGUGUCAGAAUGCAAAUUCCGUACAUGAAGGUGGCGAUCUAUUCGCUUACGUUUCUAACCUACGCCUACACGGGAUAUGGAUCGAAUAUGCUGGCCAGCUUACGCGAUGCAAUCAUAGCGGCCGAGGCCGUGUUCGGAGAUGUGCUCAAAAACGUGGUUCACGUAGCGAAAAAGUUCAAAGUUGUCCACGAAGUGUUCGAUGCAGCAGUAGACGAGAAUUGCAUAUUCAAAUGUCCAGGAGACACAACACCGUCGAAGAAUAAGUUUUACAUCCCACAAUCGGAUGGGUGCGGCUCGUUGGGGUUGAAAAUCGAUUCGGAAUACUUGCCGGCGGCCGAAAUGGAGACGUGCUGCAAUGCCCACGACAUUUGCUACGAUACAUGCCUCAGCGAUAAGGAACUUUGCGACUUGGAUUUCAAGCGUUGUCUCUACAAGUAUUGCGACGAAUAUGAGAAAAACGUGGUCGGCGAUAUAGUCGUCAAAGGUUGUAAAGCGGCAGCGAAAAUGCUUUUCACGGGAACCCUAACUUUAGGAUGUAAAUCCUAUUUGGAUUCACAGGCUAGGUCAUGCUAUUGUCCGGUGGGAAAAGGUGACAAGGCGUAUGAAAAGUCAGAUAAACAAUACGACAAGUCGGAUAAGGCGUAUGAGAAAUCAGACAAGUAUUAUGACAAGGGUUAUAAGGAUAAGGGUAAGGAUAAGAACACUGGCAAAUACGGUUGGAAGCAGGAUCUAUGAACCAGUUGUGUGCCAUCGAUUAGUUAACGAUAAAGUGUAAAUAUGUAGACAUUUUCAGCGGGUAAUCUGAUCAGAAAAAAUAAAGAGUUUUAAAAAUA